ACGUCAGUCUGUCAGUCGUUCUAAAUUUUAGUGUUUUUUUUUCCCACGAUUCUGCCUCCUCUCGAUAAAAAUAAAUUGCAAACCGAAAACUAUUCUGAGUUCGUCUCGCAGUAUUUUCUUGGUACUCUUGAUAAACCAUCAUGCAGAUAUUCGUAAAAACCCUCACGGGUAAAACCAUUACCCUUGAGGUAGAAGCCUCCGAUACCAUCGAGAAUGUCAAGGCCAAGAUCCAGGACAAGGAGGGAAUUCCGCCAGAUCAACAGCGACUCAUCUUCGCCGGCAAGCAGCUGGAGGAUGGACGCACUUUGUCCGAUUAUAAUAUCCAAAAAGAAUCGACCCUCCACCUGGUACUUCGUCUCCGAGGAGGCGUAAUUGAACCCACGUUGCGUAUACUCGCACAAAAAUAUAACUGCGAUAAAAUGAUCUGUCGCAAGUGCUAUGCUCGUCUUCAUCCACGAGCAACCAAUUGCCGUAAGAAGAAGUGUGGCCACACGAAUAAUAUCCGACCAAAAAAGAAGCUGAAGUAAACUAGAAAACAAAUUUCAUUUUCCAUAUUAUGGAAAUGGAAGUAUAUGUUUCUUAUAUAUGACAUCAAUAAACUAUAACUAGUAAACUGA